GCGUGAUAUUCGUGCAGCUAUAACCUCAUGGUUUAAAGUUUUACGUGAAAGUGGGCUUAAAGAAGUAAAAACAAUCCUUUCUGACAAGGAUUUUGCCCAGAUUAGUAGUGGAAUGGCCGUUUGGAAGGAUGUGGAAAUUCAACUUUGCAAGUGGCACUUAAAACGUGCAAUUGAGCAAAAAUUAUCCUCAAAGUUUAAUAAUAUUUCAUCUAACUAUAAUGCUAUUAAUGCACAUCAACAAUGCCCUAUCAUUGAUUCUACCUGGCAACCAACCCAAAGUAGUAAUUUAGGCUCUAAAAAAAAUUUGUGUCAAGUUCAAAUGAAAUCUGGUAUCGAGCAGUUAAUGAAAUUUUUCAAUAUUGUUAUCAACGCAACUUGUUUCAUGUAUGGUGUUAUUUGUGGUUGGAAUGGUACCGGUGGGAUUUCGAAUUGGAGAAUCCUUAAACGUGAUUUUUUAUACAAAUUCAAUCGUCCACGCCUUGAUAUUCUCUGUUAUGUCAUUACUAAUCGAAUGCUCCCAAAACUAAUGCAUCGUUAUGAUCUCCUUGUUGCUGAAAGAAUUAGACCAUCUUGGCAAAAAGAUUUUGCAAAUGAAUGGAAAAGGCUUGCAAGCCGAGAAAUUAAGAAUUCAAAUAAAUAUCUUACUGAUUAUACUCACUGGAUUUGCUCAUGCCCCAUGUUCCUUAAAAAUCGGUUUGCUCUUUGCAAACAUUUAGUUUCUCCACUAGGAAAUAUGGAACAUUCCUUUUUUAAUAAGGUUCAACGCAACAAUAAAUAUCCAUUUCUUUAUGAAGCCAAACAAACUAUUUGGCAAGAUAUUAAGAAUGGUUUACCCAUCGCAUUGGCUAAUUCUGAAAUGGAACAUUGUGAUUAUGAGGAAACGGAGGUAGAUUUAAGCAUGGACGAAUAUGAAUCAGGUGCCAGUGAUGUUGAAGUAACAAAUGACAAAGCAAUUGAAUUGAAACAAAUAUUAGUAAAGGCAAUAACAUUUAUUGAAAAAUCGGAAACUCUUCCUCAACGAAGAAAAUGGUUAAACGCAAUUGAAAAAAACUUGGACCCCAUUAAAAAAAUGGUAAAUGACCUAGAAGGGUUUGAAGCUGCAAAAACUUCGAGAAAGACUUGGAAUGGGCGUAAUUCGAAUACAUUUUAUUGGCAAUAA